GAGAGGAGCGCGGCGGAGCCGGAGCCGAAGCCGAAGCCGUGCCCAGCUCUGCUCAGACAAGCGUCGCCGGACCACACCACACAGAGCUCGUCGCCAACUCGAACUCGGCGCUGAUAACCCAAGCGCCUCUGCCGGCGCGGAUAUUCGAAUCGAAGGAAGAUGACGGUGGGCGCCGGGAUCGCCGUCCAGGACGGCAGCCUCCUGGCGCUGGGGGCCAAGGUCCUGCGGGAGGUGCGCCCCAACGUGCUCGUCACGCCCGCCGCCGGCGGAGGCCUCACCAACGGCGCGUUCCUCGGCGUCCGCUCCGCACCCGCCGGCAGCCGCAGCGUCUUCCCCGUCGGCAAGCUCCGUGACCAGCGAUUCAUGUGCACGUUCCGGUUCAAGAUGUGGUGGAUGACGCAGAGGAUGGGCUCAUCAGGCCGCGACAUCCCCUUCGAGACGCAGUUCCUGAUCGUCGAAGGCACCGAUGGACUGCAGUCCACCGGCGAUGGCACCGGCGAGCAGCCUGUCGUGUACACCAUCUUCCUCCCCAUAUUGGAGGGCUCAUUCCGUGCUGUUCUUCAGGGGAACGCUGACGAUGAGCUGGAGAUUUGCUUAGAGAGCGGCGAUCCAGAUGUGGAAUCCUUCGAAGGCUCCCAUCUGGUCUUCGUUGGCGCCGGAUCGGAUCCGUUCGAGGUCAUCACAAAUUCAGUAAAAGUCGUUGAGAGGCACUUGCAGACGUUUUCUCACAGGGAAAAGAAAAAGAUGCCAGACAUGCUCAACUGGUUUGGUUGGUGCACAUGGGAUGCAUUCUACACCAAUGUCACUGCUCAAGGAGUGAAGAAAGGAUUGCAGAGCUUUGAGAAAGGUGGGGUUUCUCCUAGAUUUGUCAUAAUUGACGAUGGAUGGCAGUCGGUCGCUAUGGAUCCUGUGGGAAUCGCUUGCUUAUCUGAUAACUCAGCCAACUUUGCAAACAGGUUGACUCACAUUAAGGAGAACCACAAGUUUCAGAAAAAUGGCAGGGAGGGUCACAGGGAAGAUGAUCCAGCAAAGGGCCUAGCACACAUCGUCAAUGAAAUCAAAGGGAAACAUGAGCUGAAGUAUGGCACCAUGACAUUGGAUAAGUUGUUCUUAUAUAUUCGUUUAUUACAAAUUUUGAAAGUCGUCUCUCUGACAUGUGUCAAACAACUCAGGUACGUGUAUGUAUGGCAUGCCAUUACCGGUUACUGGGGUGGAGUCAGGCCAGGUGUAGCUGGAAUGGAGCACUACGAAUCAAAGAUGCAGCAGCCUGUGUCAUCACCAGGGGUUCAGAAAAACGAGCCCUGUGAUGCUUUGGACAGCAUAACGACCAAUGGAAUGGGCCUUGUGAACCCUGAGAAAGUAUUCAGUUUCUACAAUGAACUCCACUCGUAUCUUGCAUCUGCUGGGAUCGACGGGGUCAAGGUAGACGUGCAGAACAUCCUUGAGACGCUAGGUGCUGGCCAUGGUGGAAGGGUACUGCUAGCUAGAAAGUACCAGCAGGCUCUAGAAGCUUCCGUCGCUAGGAACUUCCCUGACAAUGGCAUCAUAUCAUGCAUGAGCCACAACACUGACAACUUAUACAGUUCAAAACGGAGCGCGGUGAUUAGAGCCUCUGAUGAUUUCUGGCCGAGAGACCCUGCUUCCCAUACCAUACACAUUGCAUCUGUCGCCUAUAACACCGUCUUUCUUGGUGAAUUCAUGCAGCCAGAUUGGGACAUGUUCCAUAGUGUUCAUCCGAUGGCUGAAUACCAUGCUGCAGCUCGAGCGGUUGGUGGUUGUGCCAUAUAUGUGAGUGACAAGCCUGGAAACCAUGACUUCAAUCUGCUUAAGAAGCUUGUGCUUCCUGAUGGAUCGAUCCUGCGUGCAAAACUCCCUGGGAGACCAACUAGAGAUUGCCUCUUCUCAGAUCCCGCAAGGGACGGCAAAAGCAUUCUCAAGAUAUGGAACCUGAACGAACACUCCGGUGUCAUUGGCGCCUUCAACUGCCAAGGCGCCGGCUGGUGCCAGGUAGGGAAGAAGAACCUCAUCCACGACGAGCAGCCCGGAACAGUGACAGGCGUCAUCCGGGCACAGGAUGUGGGCUACCUUGCAAAGGUUGCUGAUCAGAGCUGGAACGGUGACGUGAUCGUGUAUUCCCACGUAGGAGGGGAGGUGGUGUACCUGCCGAAGAACGCCUCGCUGCCUGUGACGCUGAGAUCACGCGAGUACGAGGUGUUCACCGUGGUCCCUCUGAAGCACCUGCCAAACGGCGUCUCCUUCGCGCCGAUCGGCCUGGUCGGCAUGUUCAACUCCGGUGGCGCGGUGAGGGAGGUGAGGUUCAGUGAGGAUGCCGACGUCGAGCUCAAAGUGCGGGGCUCGGGCACGGUCGGCGCUUAUUCCUCGACGAGGCCGAGGAGUGUCACCAUCGAUUCGAAGGCGGUUGGUUUUUGCUACGAUGACGCCUGUGGCCAGCUCACCUUUGAGCUUGGCCUCUCCGAACAAGAACUAUACUUUUGGACAGUUUCAGUGGGCUACUGAUAACUUAGAACAAGUCUGGUAUACGUACUUCGAUUUAUUCAGGGUCAUACUUCGAUUUAUUCAGGGUGUUGUACCUUGUACUGUUAGCUAGCUAUUCUGUAUACAGAGAAGGUAGCUAAAUGCCUGAACCCGCUUGGGAAUUGGGAGAUGUAUUUCAGGUUGAAUCGUAGUGUGCCAAGAAUUCAAGAGACUGUGCAAGUGUAGUACAUUUACAAAGAUGAAAAAUGGAACUAUGAAAUAGAAAAGAAUUUCAAGUAUUAUAUUUUUUU